AUGGCAGACGGGGGCAGCUCCGCUGCUGCUGCUGCUGCUGCGCUGCAGCAGCAGCAGCAGCAGCAGCAGCAGCAGCAGCAGCAGCAGCAAGGCAAAGAGACGCAGCCCCGCAGCAGCUUCGCCUGGCUGCGCCGCCUGCGGCUGCUGCCCAGCAGGAAGCUGCAGCAGCGGGAAGUGCCUGCGGGCGAGUUGCAGCUGCAGCUGCAGCAGCCGCACGCAGCAGCAGCAGCAGCAGCAGCAGCAGCAGCAGCAGCAGAUUCGAAGCAGCAAAAGGGCGGCAAAGACUCUGAAAGCGUCACCAUUUCGGUAGAAUGCCACCUCGGGGAUACCCCCAAAGGCAGCAGUCUGGCCGGGGCUCCCCAGCGCAAGACUCUGACGGAAGACGACAUCCACCGAGACUUUUCCACUCCGUCGGAGCGCGGCAAGCUGCUGCAGCGGCUCUGCAGCAGAUCCCGCAGCUGCUCCCCCGCCAAGUUUUUUCUUUCUUUUUUUCCUUUGCAAGAAGUGCUGCGGACUUACAAAUGGGAAUACCUUUUGCCGGACAUCUUCGCCGGCAUUUCCGAAGGGGGUGAUGGCGAUCCCGCAGGGGAUGUCUUACGCGCUGCUGGCGCGGCUGCCCGCGGAGUUUGGCCUUUACGCCAAUUUAAUUUACCCUUUGGUUUAUUUGCUGUUCGGAACUUCUCGUCAUGCUGCAGUUGGAGUUUCUGCAAUAGAAGAUUUGCUGCUGGGAGAGGCGGUGAGCCGCGUGCUGGGCGAGCGCGAGCGGCUGGCUGCUGCAGCGCGGCUGCGGCUGCUGGCAGCAGACGCUGCUGCUGCUGCUGCUGCGCCUGCAGCAGCAGCAGCAGACGCUGCUGCUGCUGCUGCGCCUGCAGCAGCAGCAGCAGCAGCGGCGGCGGCGGGAGGGCGCCCCGCGGCGGCGCUGCUGGAGGCGGCGGAGCUCGACGAGCUGCUGCUGCAGCAGAGCCGCGUGCAGGUGGCAGCAGCACUUGCUGCUGGGCUGGGGCUGCUGUUUUUGCUGCUGCGGCUGCUGCAUGCAGGACUGCUGGCAGAUCUUUUGGCUGUUCCUGUUCUUUCGGGAUUUUCAACAGCAAGUGCUUUUCUCAUUGGCAGCAGCCAGCUGCAGCACGCCCUCGGCCUCCGCUUUCCCCCGGAGCUCGAAGACGCGGACUUCAAACUCCUCAGGACAGUGGUGGUACUGCAUCCGCCACAUCGGCGAAGCCAAUUGGGUCUCUGUCGGCAUUUGCGUCUCCGCAAUUUUCAUUCUCGCCAUUUGCAAGUUCCUCAAUCGAAAGGUGGUAA